GGGAUCCGUUAUGCGUGGACGCCGGAAGUGGCGAGUCGGCGGGUGUGAGGCGGUGCCUGUGGAGUGCGCGUUCCUCAGCGGCGGCGACAUGGAUCCUGGAGCUGCAGAGCUGUAUGACCAGGCCCUGCUGGGCAUCUUGCAGCAUGUGGGCAACGUCCAGGACUUCCUGCGCGUGCUCUUCGGGUUCCUCUACCGAAAGACCGACUUCUACCGCUUGCUGCGCCACCCUACCGACCGCAUGGGCUUCCCGCCUGGCGCCGCGCAGGCCCUGGUGCUGCAGGUAUUCAAAACUUUUGAUCACAUGGCCCGUCAAGAUGAUGAGAACAGGCGGAAGGAACUUGAAGAGAAAAUCAGAAAAAAGGAAGAAGAGGAGGCCAAGGCUGUGGGGACCAAUGCAGCUGAAAAGGAACUAGUCCCGGUCCCAGUUCAAGAAAUAGAGAUUGACUCUGCCCUAGAGUCGACUGGGCCUCAGGAAGUGGAGAAGGUGCAGCCGCCAGGCCUGGAGGGUGUGGAACAGGAGGGGACACAGGACUCAAAGGAAGUAGAAGCCUUGGGAGCUGUUGCCAGCACUGCCGAAGUACCCCCAGAACCCCCAGUGCUCCCCAGGGUUCAGGAGCAGUUCCAGAGAAACCCCGACAGUUACAACGGUGCUGUCCGUGAGAACUACACCUGGUCACAGGACUACACCGACUUGGAGGUCAGGGUGCCAGUGCCCAAGCAUGUGGUGAAGGGGAAGCAGGUCUCGGUAGCCCUCAGCAGCGGCUCCAUCCGCGUGGCCAUGGUGGAAGAAGGUGGGGAGCGUGUCCUCAUGGAAGGGAAGCUCACACACAAGAUCAACACUGAGAGCUCUCUCUGGAGCCUGGAGCCGGGCAAGUGCGUGCUGGUGAACCUGAGCAAAGUGGGUGAGUACUGGUGGAAUGCUAUCCUGGAGGGUGAGGAGCCUAUCGACAUCGACAAGAUCAACAAGGAGCGUUCCAUGGCCACCGUGGAUGAGGAAGAGCAGGCUGUCCUGGACAGGCUCACCUUCGACUACCACCAGAAGCUGCAGGGCAAGCCACAGAGCCACGAGCUGAAAGUUCAUGAGAUGCUGAAGAAGGGGUGGGAUGCUGAAGGCUCUCCCUUCCGAGGCCAGCGAUUCGACCCGGCCAUGUUCAACAUCUCCCCAGGGGCUGUGCAGUUUUAGUGACUGGAAGGAAAAGGAUGGCCCUUGUCCACGGCCGUCCACCUCGGCUUUCUGCGUGCCAGGGACACGCUCGUCUCCAUCACUGUAGCUGCCCUUUCUCAGGGGCAGUCAGGCCUUCCUCCCUGACCUCACACCUCCAGACCUUUGGGAGAAGGUGCGGGGACAGUGCUGCCAGCCACGGUGGUCAAAGCUGAUGGAAGGUGUUUGACACAUAGGAGGGACAUUUGCCCAAGAACUGGGAGCACUCCACAGAAACAGCCCCGGCCACCCACCUCACCCAUUCACUGUUGUUUUGAUGUCCUCUGCUUGCUGUUCUUAUGGCUGGGUGAGGAGUUCUGUCCCCUCAGCAAGGCCAUGUUGAAGUGUGGAGCUUAGUGCUUGCAUGAGGGCAACUGGGGUGCACUGUGGGGUGCCUCUGGGCUUCUGCAGGAACCCCUCACCCUGUGGGGUGUUCGCACAUGCGCCUUGCUCUUCGUGAGUCUGCUGGGGCCGCUGCCUGCACAUCAUUGGUGUUGGGGACUCUGUUCUAGCUGUGGGCCCAGGCACAGCGGAUCCUGUUUGCACUCUGCGGCUGCCUUCCAGGCUCUUGUGGAAGUGACUGGGCCUACGCCCCACUGUAUGGCAUACUGCCGGACUUUCCAGAGGCUAGGAACAGAGUCAGGCACCCUCAGGAGACUGCAGCAAGCUCAUAGCCUGGACCUCAGCCACAGGAGGAGGGGAGUCUGUGGUGGCACCAGACAGUAGUCCGUAAAGUCCACAGACUGUCCCAUUAUCCCCAGGGACUGGGCACUACCCCAGCAGCCUCAUGUCCACACCUUGAGCCAUAGCUGCUGGCCAUUCCAGCCAGAUUGUGCAGACCGGGCUGAGGGGCAGGAGCCAGGAGCUUGUGUCAUCCCUACCCAGUGCUGCCCUUCACCUGGCUCUCAGCCUUGGUACACAGACAGGUCACACCAUAGGUCUCCAUGCCUGUGCCACCUGCAGCCCACUAGAAGCAAGGCUUGGCCUCCUCGCUGGCGGGGGGUGCUGUCUCUGGGCGUGCAAUGCUGGGAUGUCCCUCCAGGGACGGUCACUUUCUGCUGCAGAGCCAGAACUGGACAACCCUGUGAGAGGUGUGAACCGGGAGGUAUUCUGUGGUUCAAGGGGGGAACAGCCGUUAGAGCCCUGUCAUCUCAUGUUUGCCAUGGAGCUGAUGCCGGGGAGCAGAAUUGUCACCUCCCAGGGGCCCUGAGGAAGCCGUGAUCAUUUUUCCUGAAGUUCCCACCAGGAGCCUGAGAUUUGCAUAGUGCUGCCCCCGGAGUGUGUGUGUCUGCUGUCCUCUCUGGUCCCCUGGUUGCCCGUCCCUGCCUGUGGCUGUCUUCCCAAGGAUAUGGAGUGUGGGGACCGUGUGCCUCACUGGGCAGGCUUGGAGUUGUUCCUUCCCUGGCAGUGUGUCUUCCUCUCUCCUGGUUUUAUUCUCCAUGUGGAUUUUCCCUGUUUCUGCCCUGCUUCAGCAAGUUCAAGCCCCUGUCCAGGAAGAGCAAUGCAGAGUUGUGGCCGCGUGGCAGGAGCAGCCACCCCCAUCUGGUUCUUCCAUGUCCCCUUCUGGCGUGGCUUAUCCCCAGUGCCUGGUGGAUAGGUCGCUGCCCAGGGUGCCACUCUGGGCCAGACCAGUGUCUCCAUAGCUGGCGCAUGGCCUGUUUUCUCUUUUUAGACACGACAGCUGCAGUUUGGCCACUAAGUCCCACCAGCUGAGGUCCGAGGAAAGCGGGGUGACUCGUCCCCCUUGUCCAGGGGCCCCGGAGAGUGGGGUGUCCAGCCUGCAAAGCUGCUCCAGUUCCUUGGUGUUAGUUUGCAAUAAACCUGUAUUUAAGCAUCA